AUCAACUCAGGCGAGGUGGAAAGGGGCUUGCUAGGGUAAAAAAGACACCCAUUUCACCUUUUUAUUGCUGUUCUCAGGAAACUCCAAGGGUUUUAGGCUCUCUGUGCUAAGACCAGGGAUGAAGAGCAAAUCCAGGUUUCUUCUUAUAAACGACAGUAUCACAAAUGUGCUAAGUUCCUGGGGAGGAUGAACAGGUUAACCGCUUGCCUCCAGUGAGAGGGACUGGAAGGCCGGAGGGUGCCUCGUUAGGUCUUUCUGGACGGUGCUGACUGAAAUGCUAGCUGCAUGCACAUAGUUAUUAUUAGGAAAAAUAAAAGAAUGAGUACAGACUGUCCUUUGGCAUCCGUGCCUUCAGGCUGCCAAAGGGAAGGUUCUUGGGUGGGCGACUCCCCUUUUUGGCCUCUUCCCUGCACCUGGGCAGCAACGGUCACCGAUCCUCUUCUCUUCUUUGCCAGCUCUCCUACCUUUCACGGCGCCCAUGAUAUUUUUCUCGAUGCUGUCAGUAAAGAGUCUGAAGUCCCUGAUUUUACCUCAGAUUUCCUUCUAUACCUACACCACAGCGUUCAACAUUGUCAAUGGAAACGCAAGUUAUAAUCGUCGCCUACAUGAGAGUGUGUUACUAGGGACAGGAGUGAUUGCCUCUUCCUCCUUUUUUGGAUUAUUCCCUCGUUUGCUCCAGAUGCGGCUGAAUCACGUUCUGUUGAAAAAAGCCCUUCCCGUCAUCAUUCUCACCCACAUCAGUGCAAUGAAUGUUGUCGCAGUCCGAAGUCUUGAGCCCAUUCGAGGCAUUGAAGUCAUGGACAAGGAAGGCAAUGUCAUGGGCUAUUCCAGAAAAGCCGGGACAAAGGUAGGGGGACGCUAUGGAGCCCUAGCUGGCUUGCCUUUUGGGGAGAGCAUGGAGUUGUCUGUUUGAGAGCUGGGAACAAAGUCACGUCUCCCUUCAACCUUUCCCUAUCCUGUUUUCCCUCAUUAUGCAGAGGGAGCAGUUUU